AUGGUGAAGGAGCAUUUGGAGUAUGUGUUUGUGCCAUUGGGUUUAUUGGUGUUCUUUUUCUACCAUAUGUGGCUUCUCUUCACUAUUCUUCAUGAACCUCAUCGAACUGUCAUUGGCUUAAACGCUGAGUCUCGUCAUCAGUGGGUUUAUGCCAUGAUGAAUGAUCCCUUCAAGAACGGUGUUUUGGCUGUCCAAACUCUCCGCAACAAUAUCAUGGCAUCGACACUUCUUGCUACAACAGCGAUCACACUAAGUUCACUGAUCGGUAUUUUUGCUAGCAGUUCGUGGAGUUCUGAUAACACGUCUUCCAUACUUCAGAGUACUUCUUCAAUCAAACGUAUUUCCAUUACUAUCUGCUUUCUUGUUGCAUUUUUAUGCAAUGUUCAGUCUAUUAGAUGCUACUGUCAUGUCAGCUUUUUAAUCACCGCGCCUACACUUCGAGAUAAAAAUGCGUAUAUGGAAUAUAUUGCUAAGACGUUGAAUCGCGCAAGUCACUCUUGGUCACUUGGAUUGCGAGCAUUUUACUUGUCAUUUCCUCUCUUCCUAUGGAUUUAUGGACCGAUACCUAUGUUUGCUUGUUGCUGCUUGACAUCAUUCAGUUUGUACUUUUUGGAUACCACAGCUAGAAUGGCAAGGGAUCUUCACAGUAAUUCGUUCACGAAGGAGAGUAAUGAUGUAGAAUCUGCAGUGGAGUCUGAUUAUCAUCCUUUAGCUGGUAACGACUUAGCUCAAAAUGCAGCUGUAGAUAAUGUGUAA